AUGACUUCUCUUUCAGUACCUGCCGCACCGCCGGUUUUAUCUCCAUUCGACUCCGCCAACAGCACGCCUCCAAGAUCACCCCAGCCUCAUCGAAGAAGAGCCUCUCGAAAUCCUAAUGCUACUGCCUUGCCGGCUUUUAAUUUCAAUCCAGCUCAAGAUGAAACUAUGAGGGCAGAGACUACCACCGAGCAAGGAAGCCCCAAGCCAAAGACCAUGGCGACAGAAGGGCAGCGACGUUCUCCUCGCCCUACCUUGCCCGAGUUCAAAUUCAACCCUGGUGCCGAUCUACCUCCAGAGAGAAGCCCGAGUCCAACUCAUCCAGUCCUGCAGGAAAUGGCUCUCAAUCAACAACGUGCCGUCCGGUCUGCAAGACCUGCUCCCCUGCCCGCUUUCACCUUCGCACCACAUACCACGUCCGUCCAUGGCUCACCAAGUCCGACAAAACCAGAUUUCACCGAGUCCCAGCCUCCUCGCUCAGGCCAUCGUCGCGGUGUCAGUGAGUUUGUUGGAGGUGGCGGAACUGAUGGUCCUCAGAUGGUCAGUUCCAGUCCGGAAAAGCCCGAAUAUCGACCUCCUCCAAGAAUGCACGCCCAUCAACGCAGUCAGGCCGUUUCUGUCUCUGACAUCGAUACGUCCGAGCUCAUCAAGGCCAACGCUUUGGCCAAGGCUCGGGCGGGUUCCACCCCAACCACCCCGUCAGAUGCACAGACUUUCUCCUUUGCGCGCUCCAGCCCCCAAGUCCGACAAUCAAUGUCAAGCCUCAUCAGAACUCCACCAUCGUCUCCCCGUCGCAGGGAUAGUGCUCCUGGUGUUCGUCCACGUGUUGGAUUUUCCGAACAUGUCGACGUGAUUCCACGACCGCUGUCGAUGAUCUCAUCCGAGACCGAAGGAAGUAAUUCCACAAUUCGUGGAUGUCAUUCCUUGUCUGGAAGCAUCAACUCUAUCGCCAGUCCCACGCCUCGCCCUACCCUUGUGGUCAGUUCUUCAAGUGAAUCGACCAAUGGCUCUCCUGAAAGACCUCAGACUGCCGAUGCUCUUUCGACCCUGUCUGGUAGUAUGGCUUCUGGGAACAAGUCACUCGAUGUCAUAAGUCUUCCUAAGCGUCCUUUGUCAGCCUCUGGGUCCCCUGGCACCUUGGGUUCUGGCAGCCCACCUAACAAGAAGAAGUAUUUCUGGCUGAGUCAUACCAACAACAACGUCUCGCCCUUGUCCACUCCAAGAGCAGAAAAUGGCAACCCAAUGGAUGUUUUCGUCGCCGCCUCGCCUCAACCACCCAAGCGAUUGGAAGUAUUUGGAGAUCGUGCGCGACCAAAGACAUCCUCUGGAGAGGCCACAUCCUCUUCUCGAAAGCGGAAAUACCACACAUGGACCUCGGGUAUCUUUUCAAGAAAGUCAGAGAAGCGCUCCAGUAAGGCGAAGCACCCGCCAUUGCCUAAUUCUCCAGCAUUGAACAGACGACCCAGCGAUAGACUGAAUGAAAUCUUCGAUGCGGAUGAUACCAUUGUGCUACGAGAACCAUCACCUGUCGUCACACGGGUUCGACCACGCACCCAGCCAUUGCCCCCCAUCCAAACUCUCACUACCGGCCCAACUAGUGAGCCGAUCAUGAGCCCCGUUUUGGAUCUUGAUGCUGCCUUAGGACCGUUUGGAAGCGAAGAAAAAUUUGGCCUGGACACCAACAACAAACAAAUCCCCCCCUCCAGAAUGGCCAAAUUACACAGCAGCGAACGGCGAGGCACUCCCGAUGCCUUUGGCUCGGUUCAUAGGAGAACCGAAUCCGCACCUAUCAUGCCAGCGGUUAAUCGGGCUACUUUUGGUGUGCAUCGCAUGGGCAGUAACCCUUCACUAUCCGAGGAUGUAUUUGACGAAGAGGAAGAAGACAAACUUCUGGCGGAAGAGAAUGCAAAUGCGAUGUCAUCGGCAAAGCUAGUGCGAAUUCAGUCACGCACCAAAAACCCAGCCGUGUCACCGAGUGAACCCAGUUCUGUGACCCCGAAACCGAAACCUGGAGAAGGACUAGGGCUGGCUAUCGGCAGCGGCUGCGAUGACGAUGUGAUCAUAGUCGAUGCAGAAGAAGAUAUUGGACGUGUCAGCUGUGCACGAGCUUCAGACUCUACCAUUGAGGCCCCCGUCUUUUCGGAUCUCGUUGCUCUGAAGCGCCCGGUCUCAUCCCCUAUGGUCUUCGCCUAUCCAGCUCCCCAGUCUCAAUACGCUUCAUCGACGGAAGGCAGAACGACUUCGGCUUCGAUGAUAUCUUCUCCAGAUGCAGAUCAUAUAUCUUUUGACAAUCUGUCACCACCAACUCGGUCUCACGGUGAAAUUAGCCCAGACUUUGUUCUAAGAGCGUCCAACGAUGAUCUACCUUCACUCAGCGACAGCAUCUCAAGUGGCGCACUACCUAGAUUCUCCAGCAGUGCUGGUACGAGAUCAUCUAUUGAACAUCGUUCUGCUUCAAUGAUUGUUCCAUCGACAUCCAGAUCCAACAAUCAACAAGCGUGGAAGAGAGCAAGCUUGGCAAGUCUUAAUCGAUUGAUUCCGGGAUCUUCGAAUGGAAGUAAACUGAAGUUUGAGACAGUUCCGGACUCUUUCGCUACUGACGAGAAGGCUAAACGAAGGUCUAACCGAAUAAGCAAACUUUUGUUCUGGCGAUCGAAGGACAAAGACGAGAAAUGA